ACCCCUCCGCUAAACCCCCUUGCUAGGGAAGAGGUGACAAGCUUCAGCCCGUUGCUCGUCAUGGCCACCGUCUAUGACUUGCUGACGCAACACUCUACAAACGUCGUUCACAAUACUCACUAUGUCACACAGAGCAACAAAGAAUGGGCCCGCAACUACCAUCCUAUCCGAAAUCUGGUCGUCCACAGCUACCAUGGCGGCGACGGUCUGGUACACGCGGACUUCGACUCGGCCUUCCUUGGAAGCUACGAGGACGACGGGAUGCGCAUGGACGAGCCCGCCAUGGCCCCCAACAAGAGAAUAUGGCGAUUGGAAUGCGAGGCCGACUGCGAGCUGUGGUUCCACACCGAGGUCUCGAACGUUGUCCUGGCUGGUUGGAACCGCUACCCCCAGGUUACGCAGACCUCCCACACCAAGCCGCCGCGCGUUGAGAACAUCCCCGAGGAGGUGGACGCAAUGUACACAAUCAAAUAUAGAAAUGAGAGAACCGUCAUCGCCAUCGGGGAGAUGAAGAGAAACCUCAUCCAAGCAGCCGCGUGGCAGGCGGGCAAUGUCUUGCAAGUCGCAGGCCAAAAGAUGCUGUCUCGGGAGCUUCGAGGGUAUGCGGUCAAGUAUCAGUCCCCACAGGUGUACUGUUUCGAUGGCAAGACACUACUCCUCCUCCAAUUCAGAGCCGACACGCCCGCCAAGAUGAUGGACGCAGACUGCCCUGUGGACUGCUGGGUCCUCCCUCGCGAGGGGAGCUUCUACUCGCUGCGGUACGCGCUCUAUCGGCUUAUGGCCCAGGGCUUCAGGCGCUUUCAGGGCAUGUGCGCGCUGCCGAUCUCGGUCGGGGGCCUCACGCCGCGGUCUCGCCGGUUCUUCAACGGCGUUCCCGUGUGGCAUCCUAAUGGAGUCGACCAAGACGAGCACCCGGGCGGCUACGUCCGGUCAGUAAAUGGCACGUCAGGGGCGGUCAAGUGGACCCAUAGUGAGUCGGGCGACUUGGUGUGGGAGACUGCGGCGUUCUGGGGCGAACACGCUUAGCAGUGAAGUCUCAUUGUCAAGACGCGAGCAGGACGGUCCGGAGAGUGUUUCUUAGGUUAUUUAUCUAUGGUUACCAAACCGUCCGUCCACAAGCAGAGUUGGUGCUCCUCGUAGCACUCCGCAAGGCGCUUCACUUCCGACUCAAUAAGAGAUGAAAUCAAUUGUUUGUCAGUCAG